AUUUUUAAUUAUUUAUCUCUUAUAUUAAUAACAAUAAAAAUGCAAAAUCACGAAAUUUUGAUACAAGAAAUUGAGGGUAUUGAUGAUUACCUAGGCCCAACAUUCAGAGGGUGGUUAUUCAUAAAACUUGUUGAAUUACGCGGGGGUUGAAACAACCCUCUACGCAGAUGCAAAAAUUUAGCGCAUGUCAAGGGUUGAUAACAACAUUGAGUCAUCAAAUUUCAUUACAAUAACAUUAAUUUACAUUUAUUAUUAUUAUUUUAAUUAUUGAUAUAAUUAAUUGAUGGUGAUUUUAAAAAAGUAGUUUUAAUAAUGACAACAAAUGCAUUGAAUUUUUUGUCAUCAAUGAUAGCUCCAAAACAUGAACAUUUACUUAUUGAACUUGAAUCAAAUGAUACAAGCAGUAUUGGUCUUGUUAUCAGAGCAAUUUAUGAUGGACAUGAGCAUGAAAAAUUUAUGGAAAAAUUAGAUGAACGUGUUAAAAGUCAUGAUAAAGAUAUUGAACGUAUGUGUAAUCAUCAUUAUCAAGGUUUUAUUGAUUCAAUUAGAGAAUUAUUACAAGUUAGAACACAAGUACAACAAUUAAAUACAGAAAUAUUAGAACUUGAUAGUAGAAUAAGUACAUCAACAAGAAAAGUUAUUGAAAAAGGUGAAGAACUUGUUAAAUCACGUAAAGUUGAAACAAAUAUUGCUGCAGCAAUGGAUAGUUUAACAACAUGUUUACCAGUAUUAGCAGCAUAUGCAAAAUUACAAAGACAAUUAAAAGAUAAACGUUAUUAUCCAGCACUAAAAACACUUGAACAAUUAGAAAAUAAUGAUAUUCCAAAAGUUAAAAAUUAUAGAUUUUCAUCACAAAUAACAGAUAAAAUACCAUUAUUACGUGAAAAUAUAAAAGAUGCAUCAAUGACUGAUUUACGUGAUUUUCUUGAAAAUAUUAGAAAAUAUUCACCAAAAAUUGGACAAGUUGCAAUGCAACAUAGUGCUGAACAACUUGUUAAUGAAGCUGAAAUAAUUGGUAAAAAAAAAAAAAAAAAUUUACAAAAAAAAUUAACAAUUAAUGAAGGUGAAGAAGAAUUAAGUGCCCAAGAUUUAAUGGAUUUUAGUCCAGUUUAUAGAUGUAUGCAUAUUUAUACUGUACUAAAAGAAUGUGAUACAUUUAAAUUAUAUUAUCAGAUACAACGUCAACAACAAGCUCGUCUUGUACUUCAACCACCAAUAAAUAUGCAUGAAAAUAUAAGUGAUUAUCAAUCAUAUUUAUAUGGUAUUGUUGGUUUUUUUGUUGUUGAAGAUCAUAUAUUAAAUACUGGUAAUGGUUUAAUAACACGUUCAUACAUUGAUGAGCUAUGGUCAAUGGCAUUAUCGAAAAUAAUAAGUUCAUUGAGAACACACUCAGCCUAUUGUACAGAUGCAACAUUAAUACUUAAAAUUAAAAAUUUAAUUAUGUUAUUUAAUACAACCUUGAGGAAUUAUGGUUAUUCUGUUGGACAAUUGUGGGAUUUAUUACAAGAAAUAAGAGUACAUUAUAAUGAAGUAUUAAUGCAACAUUGGGUACAAUUAUUUCGUGAUAUACUUGAUGAAGAUAAUUUUUUACCAAUACAAGUUACAACACAAGAUGAAUAUAAUAAUAUUAUACAAUCAUUUCCAUAUCAUGAUGAUAAUGAUGAUGUUGAAAAAUUAAUAUUUCCAAAAAAAUUUCCAUUUUCAAUGAUGGUACCAAAAGUUUAUCAUCAAGUUAAAGAAUUUAUAUAUGCUUGUUUAAAAUUUUCUGAAGAUUUAAAUUUAACACAAACUGAAAUUGAUGAAAUGAUUACAAAAUCAACUAAUUUAUUAUUAACAAGAACAUUUAGUGGUUGUUUAUCAUCAUUAUUUCGUAAACCAUCAUUGGCAUUACUUCAAGUUGUACAAAUUAUUAUUGAUACUGGUUAUUUAGAAAAAUCAACUAAAUAUCUUGAAGAAUUUGUAUCAAAUAUAACUGGAACACCUCAUGAAGGACAGCUAAGUUGUGCUGGUGUUAAAUCAACAAUGUUUAGAGUUGCUAGAGAUGAUGCUGAAAAACAAAUAUGUGAUAAACUUGAACGUAAAUUAGAUGAAUUUAUUGAACUUGAAAAUUAUGAUUGGAAUUUAGCUGAACCACAAGGUCAUGCAUCAGGUUUUAUAACUGAUCUUAUUGCAUUUCUUCAAAGUACAUUAACAUGUUUUACAAAUUUACCAGAAGAAGUUGCACAAGUUGCAUGUAAAUCAGCAUGUUCACAUAUUGCUAAAGCAAUAUUAGAUAUAUUAAUUUGUGAUGAUUUAAAACAAAUAUCAAUGGGUGCAUUACAACAAAUUAAUCUUGAUACAAUACAAUGUGAACAAUUUGCUGCAUCUGAACCAGUUGCUGGACUACAAGAGGGUGUAUUAUUACAAUAUUUUUUACAAUUACGACAAUUAUUAGAUCUUUUUAUGAGCUGGGAUUGGCCAACUUAUUUUCAUGAUUAUGGACAUGAAUCAAGCAAGUAUAAUUUAGUUACACCAAACAUGGCUGUGCUGUUACUUGAAAAAUUACGUGAAUCAGAUAAAAAAACUGUAUUUUCAGUAUUAAAAAAAAGCGAAAGAGAUAAGAAAAAAUUACUUGAAACUGUGCUUAAACAAUUACGACAACUGGCACAAACAACCCAACAAUAAAUAUAAAAAAUUACCUAUAUUUUUAAAUUGAGAUUACCUAAUUAAACAUUAAAGAAAAACAUAAAUUACAAGCUAAUUUUCAUCUAAAAUUUAUAUAUAUUUGUUAUAAAUAAUUUUAAUUUUUUUUUCAACUUUAUUUUUUACUCUUUGACGAUUUUUUUUUUUGUUUUUAAAUUAAACUGAAAAAAAAAUCAUUAUAUAAUUAAAAUAACAUUUUUUUCUUUAAAUAUAUUUGUUAUUUUAAUAUUAAAUAAUAAUAAAUAAUUUAAAUUAUCAAGAUUAAUGUAUUUUUUUUUUAUUUUCACCUUUUAUAUUGACAAAUUUUUAAUUAAUGUUUUCACUGAUAUUUCAUUUCAAACUGUACAUUUUUUUUUUUUUUUUUUUCGAUAACAUUAUAAACUCUUUUUCCAAAAAAAAAAAAAUAAAUAAAAAUAAAAAUUGUUUACAUAUUUAUUUGGAA